CAAGGAGGAAGGCAAGAUAGGAGGUAAAAGAGUACUGGUGUGCUAAAAUGAAUCGUACCCCGUUCUGGAAAAAAGCUUGUUGGCAGAAAGCAAAAUAAGCUGGUCUGGUUUGCAUAGGGCUCACUGCGCCGCCAGGGAUCAUCCCGCAGUAGCCCUAGGCAGAGAUACGGACGCUGCAAGUGUAGAAUCUGUCACGGACGAUCCCUAGGAUCUGGAAUACCCGCCCGGAUCAGGCAGUUCCGCGUCAAGGAAGAGGAAGUGCCAGACAUCGGCGAACUUACUGGCAAUAUUGUGCUGAAGCUGUGCUUGUGCUAUCUGAUCAAUAGUCAGAAGCUACGGGAUCCUGCUCCUUAUAUCCUGAUGUUUAUCCCUUGCUGAACUAUUGUGGAAUCGUGUGCCUCCAUGUCUGACAGGAACUAAUUGCAAAGUGGGAAAGAAGUUGGGAAGAGGAGGCGAGUCUUGAACCACUCGCUGCCUAACCAAAAGUUCUGAGUCUCACAGGUGUUCCUCCUUUUCAGCAAGCGCCUUGCAGCCUUACAUUUAAAAAUAAAAAGCAGCGCUGUUAGCAUCCAAGUGGUUUAAAUCUACUGGUGGGACCGGGUGGCAGCAAAUAAUUAUGCCGAGCAAGACCAGAUACAACCUGGUAGAUGAUGGGCACGACCUGCGGAUCCCUCUGCACAACGAGGAAGCAUUCCAGCAUGGCAUCUUGUUCGAGGCAAAGUAUAUUGGCAGCUUGGAUGUCCCCAGACCAAACAACAGAGUUGAAAUUGUUGCAGCAAUGAGGAGAAUAAGGUAUGAAUUUAAAGCCAAGAACAUUAAGAAAAAGAAAGUGAGCAUUACAGUGUCGAUAGAUGGGGUCAAGGUCUCACUAAAGAAGAAGACAAAGAAAAAAGAAUGGACAUGGGAUGAAAGCAAGAUGUUGGUGAUGCAGGACCCCAUAUACAGGAUAUUUUAUGUCUCUCAUGAUUCCCAAGACUUAAAAAUCUUCAGCUACAUAGCCAGGGAUGGCACCAGUAAUGUCUUCAGAUGCAAUGUCUUCAAAUCAAAGAAAAAGAGUCAAGCAAUGCGAAUUGUGCGGACAGUUGGACAAGCAUUUGAGGUGUGCCACAAGCUGAGUGUCCAACACACAGAACAGAAUGCAGAUGGACAGGAGGAUGAAGAGUGCGAGCAGGGUGGUGAGGAUACAGAACCACCAGCAACCCGACAGCUAACUGGUGCUGAAAAAAAAGCUACAGAAGAGACAGAUAUCGAUGCUGUGGAGACCCCCCUUCCUGAUGGCACUACGGCACAGUUCAGCAGAGGGGUCACUGAUCUGGAUGCUGUAAAAAAGACUCAAGACUCUUCUAGUGAGAAAAAGGUCCAAGAAGACAGCAUUUUGGCAGCGACUCCCAGGAUGCUACUUCCUUCCAUCAGCCAGCUGCCAGCAGGGACACCGUUGUCCGCACAUCACCAAAUUCAGCUGUUACAGCAGCAGCUCCAGCAGCAACAGCAACAGACCCAAGUGGCAGUUGCACAGGUUCACCUGCUGAAGGACCAACUGGCAGCAGAGGUAGCAGCACGUCUGGAAGUCCAGGCCCGUGUACAUCAGCUCCUUCUACAGAACAAGGACCUACUGCAGCACAUCACACUUCUCGUCAGGCAAGUGCAGGAGCUGGAGCUCAAACUCAACGGCCACAAUCCCAUGGGAUCCCAGGACAGCUUGUUGGAGAUCACCUUUCGCUCAAACAUAUCGACAGUAUUAUGCGACUCCACCACGCCAAAGCCCGAAGAGAUCAUCCUCCCGCCGAUGAACGACGGCACUGAUCUUUCACUUCCCCUCAAUAGUCCCAUAGUUGAUCAAAGCAUGUUUGAGAAUGCAAACACUAGCAGCAAGCCAAAGCUCCAGGCUAGCAAGUCUCUCACAGGCUCAACCAAGUCAACACAAAAUAUAUCAGGUGUUACUGAAUCUGUUGGGAUGAGUGCAUGGACAGGCAGCAGCCAACACCUGAAGAAUAUAGGCAAAGCCGUGGGGGCAAAAGUCAAUGAUUUCCUCCGUAGAAAGGAGACAACCAGUCAUGGGGAUAUUGGCGUAACAGAGAUCAACCGUAAUGUAGGUGCAGUCCUCAAUACACUGGAGAAUGACAUGCAUGGAAAGGUGUCUGAUUCCGUGAGCCAAAGUUUGCAACAACCAUUUCCACGUCUUGAUCCACCUCCUGCAACAACCAAGAAACGUACCCCUCGGCCCCUGAAAACUACUCAGGAUAUGAUGAUUUCUCCAAACCCUGUAGUCAGUAUACCUGAAGGUCUCACAACACCAAAUGCAUCCAGCUUAGAAGAUGAUUCCCUUACUGUUGAGCAGUCUAUAAACCAAUCUACUGUAAAGCAGAUGGCAGCCUUGAGCACUGCAUCUGAAGCUGAAGACAGGAUCCUUGAGAAGACCAACAUAGAGUCCUCAGACAAUCUCUUUGCACCAAGUAAUAGCACAGAAAGCCUCACUCAGGCUGUCCAUUCAGUACCCGAUCUUAUUAAUAAAGAAAAUUUAGACCUUAAACUGAAAACAAACAGUGAGAAAAGGAUGGCUUCAUCUCCAUGUCUCAACAAGUCACAUUUGAGGAUAACAUGCAGUGAAGAAAGUCUCUUAGAGAAUGAUUCUAAUAGCAUGAGCAUGCCAAGGCAAAUAAUGUCUGAUGGUGACAAAGAAGAGCUGGAACACCACCCAGAUUUGUUAUCCUUUGAGUAGUUCCUUACUCAGAGGAAGUUUCCCAAAGGAAAAGGGUCUGCCACUGUUGUUUGGUGCAUGUCAAUGACAUUUCCACAAUGUGCGUUGCACUCUGCUUCAUGUCUGAGUAUUUAAAAGAAUUGGUGAUUGCACCAGUAUGACUUAAUCCUGUGAAAUAAGUGUAUUUCUUUGUCUUUUGUGUGAAUGUUUAAUCCAUUCCCUGGUGCUGGUGAAAAAAAGCAGAUGUCCAAUUCACUCCCUGCUGCUGCUGGUAAAAAAAUAUAUAUGGUGUCCUAAGAAGCAUUCUAAGAAAUGACUUAUUCAUAUUUCUUACUUAAAGUUGGUAGAAAGAAGUGUUAUAUCAACAAUAAGAAGUAAUACAGUUUUACAGCUGCAUUUCCAUUCCUGUUCAUUCCCUUUCUGGGACCAUUAAGCUGAGUUAAAAAGUAUUUGUUCAUUUUAAAAUGCUUUGCAGACUUUUCACACCUUGUUAGUGAUUAAGCUGUUUGUGUUUUUCAGCUCCUGCUUUGGUAAUCACAUUUAACUGACGAAAGGGUGUACUUUACAAAACAAGUAGAAUGGAACGUCAUACAGAAGCCUAAUCUAAAUGUGUUUUUUGUUUGUUUUGUUUUUUACAUUUAUUACACCCGAUAUUCUGUCUCUGUACAAUAUUUACGAUCUGUCAGAAAGCUGGUAUAAUCUCUUUUUACCAUUGCCUUCUCUACUUACCCCUAACGUUUCUUACUUAGUAUUUUCUCUCCACUUUGCUCUAAGCUUUAUAUGACACCUGUAUACAUGGCUGGUGAUAUUCUAAUAUAGGGAUAAAUUAAAGAUAUCACUAUCCUGCCACCAACUUCAUUCUCCUGUUAUUAGUUUUUAAGAACAAAUUGGAAUAUUUGUUUUCACACUAACACCACUUAUCAUAUUCAAAGGCAAAUAAGUUAAAAUUGGUGCACUUGUGGUCUGGACAUCAUGCUAUUCAGCAUAUAAACUAAGUAGAAACUUUGCAUUGUGGAGAGUGCGAAGUUCAUUCCUUGAACUAUGUUAUGCACCUAGUUCACUAAUAAACUUCGACCUUUAAAAUACAUACUACAAAAUAAUAAAAUAGUAGAU